CCGCAAACUUGGAGCGGAAGUUGUGUUGUUGUUGUGUCGUGGGGGUUGAGCCCGCCGGUUCGAGCCAUUUAUGAUGCCUCGCUCGCUCUCUUUGUGUUUAUAUUCUGUGUGAAGCGGCGGGCUGGAUGGCGUAGUCAGACGCGGUGGUUUUUCGUCGCAUGUCGUCGUUAUUUAAGGGUUUGGGCAGGGAUGGAUUCGCUCUUUGGGACCGCGGCGAACAACGGAGCCUCCGGCAGAAAAACCGCCAAAAGCGGCAGCAAAAAGUGCAAAAACCGCUCAGCACGAUAUCUGAAAGCAAGCAAUAAUCCGCCUUAUCUACCUCCAGAGGCUGAAGAGGGAAACAUUGAGUACAAGCUGAAGCUGGUGGACCCCACGCAGUACCGCUUCGAGCACCUGGCCACACAGAUGAAGUGGCGUCUGCAGGAGGGCCGCGGCGAGGCCGUGUAUCAGAUCGGGGUGGAGGACAACGGGCUGCUGGUGGGCCUGACAGAGGAGGACAUGAAGGCCUCGCUCCAAACACUGCGCAGGAUGGCUGAGAGGGUGGGUGCAGACAUCACAGUUCUCAGAGAGCGGGAGGUGGAUUACGAGUCGGACGAGCCUCACAAGAUCGCUGAGGUGCUCAUCAGGAAAGUGCCAGAUGAUCAGCAGUUCCUGGACCUGCGGGUAGCAGUGCUGGGUAACGUGGACUCAGGGAAGUCCACUCUGCUUGGUGUGCUCACACAAGGAGAGCUGGACAACGGGAGAGGAAGAGCGCGACUCAACCUCUUCAGACACCUUCAUGAGAUCCAGACCGGACGCACCUCCAGCAUCAGCAUCGAGAUCCUGGGCUUUGACAGCAGAGGAGAGGUGGUGAACUACAGUGAGUCCCGAACGGCGGAGGAAAUCUGCGAGAGUGCCUCUAAAAUGAUCACCUUCAUAGACCUGGCAGGACACCACAAGUAUCUCAAGACCACCAUCUUUGGCUUAACCAGCUACUGUCCAGACUUUGCCAUGCUCGUGGUCAGCGCCAACACCGGCAUCGCGGGGACGACCCGAGAGCACCUGGGUCUGGCCAUGGCUCUGAAGGUGCCCAUCUUCAUUGUGGUGAGUAAGGUGGACCUGUGCACCAAAGGCACCGUGGAGCGCACCGUCCGACAGCUGGAGCGCAUCCUCAAGCAGCCGGGCUGCAACAAAGUGCCCAUGCUGGUGUCCUCCACAGACGACGCCGUCACAGCCGCCCAGAAGUUUGCACAGUCACCCAGCAUCACCCCUAUCUUCACCCUGUCCAGUGUAUCAGGGGAGAGUCUGGAUCUGCUGAAGGUCUUCUUUAAUAUUCUACCUCCCCUCAGCAACAGCAAAGAGCAGGAGGAGCUCAUGCAGCAGCUCACCGAGUUUCAGGUUGACGAGAUCUACACAGUGCCAGAUGUGGGGACAGUAGUUGGUGGGACUCUUUACAGUGGGAUCUGCCGCGAGGGCGAGCAGCUGGUGGUGGGACCCACAGACGACGGGGAGUUUCGUGAGCUGACCGUGUGCAGUAUCCAGAGGAAUCGCUCCGGGUGCAGGGUGCUGAGAGCUGGACAGGCCGCCACUCUGGCGCUGGGAGAUUUCGACCGUUCACUUUUACGAAAGGGAAUGGUGAUGGUCAGCCCGGAGAUGAACCCCACUAUCUGCUGGCGCUUUGAGGCUGAGAUCGUUUUACUCUUCCAUGCCAAAACUUUCCACAAGGGCUUCCAGGUGACGGUGCAUGUGGGCAACGUUAGACAGACGGCUACAGUCGAGGCUCUGCAGGGAAAGGACGAGCUGCGCACCGGUGAGAAGGCCGUGGUGCGCUUCAGGUUCAUCAAACACCCUGAGUAUCUGAAGGUGGGCGCCAAGCUGCUCUUCAGAGAGGGAGUCACCAAAGGCAUCGGCCAGGUCACCAAACUACAGCCUGCAUCACAGCACCCAUCCAAAACACCCCAGAGUCAGUCCUGUGAAGCUUGAACACGGCCGCCACUUCAGUGGAGCUUGGUCGCACAGACCUCCACUCGUAGUGCCUUUAACUCGGUUUACAGUCAUCCAGA